AUGCUAAAGUUUAAUAUUGCUAAUCCUACCGAUGAAUUCCAAAUAGUUACUAGUGUCCCUGAACUUUCCUACAAGAGGCCAAAAGUUGGUAGGAAAAGUCAAAAGUCUCGGAAAAUUAAAGUUGUUGAGAAACCUGAUUCUCAAAAACAGACUUUAAAAGCUGCGUGGAGUGAUGAUGAUGACGACACUUUGUCGAAUACAUUAGUUCGUUGUUUUGAGACUGAUCUGCUUAUUCUAUCUAUUAAGGUUGAUGGUUCUGAAAAUGCACUUUUAAGAGACCGUGUAUAUGAAAAUUUCUCAAUUUCCUCAGCUAAAUUUACAGCAUGUGGUGACAAGGUUAUUUUCACUGGAAAUACCGGUUCUUUCCGAAUUUACAAUUUAGAAACUGGGAGUGAAAGUCGUGCAAGGCGAUUCAUUGGUAUGCCUUAUGAUGAAGUGAUCAAUAAGUGUGCAAUUUCACUGGCUUCUCCAAAUUUUGCUGCUCUUGGAACAAAUGGUAGUACAGUAUACUUAGCUGAUUUACGGAGUUUGGAAAAGGUCGCAUUCAUGCGCGGUAGCGGUAUGAUCAAUUCACUUUGUUUCGCUCAAGAGGGAACAUUUCUACAUACUUAUGGAGCUGAAGGUUCCGUGUAUGUCUUUGAUCUGCGCAGUAAUAAAGCUAGAAUUAUUCAUCACUGGUUUGAUCAAGCUAGUACAAAUGGCUUAUCUAUUGCCGCCUCACCUAAUUCUCAGUGGAUAGCUUGUGGGUAA